CCGCCCGCCCCGGUCACCCCCACAUCCCCCCGGCCCACUGCACCUCAGAUCAGCGUCAAUCGGUGAGCCAGCUCGCCUCCCUCUCCCCCGUCCCAUCUCAUUUCCCUCUUAGCGCCCCGUCUCGUGAUGGCCGAUCCUACCCUUCGCGCGUCCCUCCAAUAUUCCUACUCGUUUCCCACCAGCCUCGUUGACUACUCUCAAUCGCGACCCGCCAAGCGGCGCGCCAGUGCAUCUGCGCACUUUCUCCCCUCCGAAGAAACCUUCAAUCCGCGACCGUAUCAGCCCUCACACUCGCUGCCCUCGCAACCGCGGCAAUCUCAAGCCCAAGCCCAAGCCCAGGCUCGAGCUCGAGCUCAGGCUCAGGCUCGGCCCAAGCGGAAGCUGAAGCCCAAGUCCGAGCUCAAAUGCAAGCCCAAACCCAAUCUGCGUCUCCUCUACGUCUUCCCGCCAAAACUCCUCGCGCAAUCGUGGCCUACAGAGUUUGGAUCCCUCUCUGACCGACCCGGGGCGGUCUUCAUUCACCCACCCUUCACCAACUUCCCAGAUGCCGAUCGUACAAAGACGGCCUUACCUACAACCUGAUGGCCGCCAAUCCUGAAUGGUUUCUCGAUACCGCCGACUUCAUCGCACCAGUAAUGACAAUCCGGACGCGAUCGGCUACCCGUCCCAACUGGAACCGCCUCGCGGGUGGUGUCCUCAGAAGAAGAAGGAAGGGUGGCCGAAGGCGAAAACCCUCCCCGCCUUCGCUGCACCUUCUGUCGCCGGUAUUAUUCAGGGGCGAAUGCCAAGAGUAUGUGGAGGCGACAUGUGCUCGAAAAGCACAAGAUCGCUAUGGCAAAUCGCCGCGAU